CAGUCCUUAACAACUUCUAGAUCAUAGUAUAUAGUCUGUAUGUUUGUAUUUACUUGAUGGAUGUUUGACAGACUACUUUUAUUAUUUUUGACAGAAGACAUAUAAAGAUGUGGGCUAUGCAGGUAGCGAAGAAUUGCUCAACAAUAUUAUGGAAAAAACCAGAAGCAUUGGGGGCGUCAUUUCCGGUGGAAUAUUCCAGCAGAAUAUUCCAGCGGAUUUACCCUUGGGCUUUAAAAGGACGCGCUGAAAACGCGGCGGUGAAGUUGACAGUGUUUGUACUGUGAGCCAGAGACGACCAUGAUCCUCCUGACUCCCUCCUCUGGUUUCUUCCAGUGCACCAACAAGCUCUUUCUGAGUGAUCAGACCACAGGGCUCCAGAUCAAGGAGUUUGCUCGUAAAAAUGCAGCGAAUGCUCUGUCAGUUGCCAACAUGGUCAUGGGCAUGGCCUCCAUUCUCAGCAGUCUUAAUGGGCACCAUCAUGCUGCAUGUUGGCUGGUUCUGAUUGGCUACCUGCUGGAUUUGGCAGAUGGAGCAGUUGCCAGGCGACUUGAUGCCUGCUCUGCACUGGGUGCAAAGCUAGAUGAUUUUGCUGACUUUACAACCUUCGGGAUUGCCACGUCGCUGCUCCUGAGGACAUCUGACCUGCUGGACAACAUCCUGUGCAUGUGUUACGUCCUUUCUGUGUUCGUCCGCCUCUGUUUCUUUUCGAGCGGAAUUCCGUUCAUGUACCGCGGCCUGCCCUGCAUCUACUCCUCAGCCAUCCUGGCCAGUGCCUCUCUGCUGUCGGGGGGAAACAUGGCCAUGCUGCGUGUCAUCGCAGUGGCCAUGAUCCUCUUCAUGAUCAGUCAGAACUUCUACCCCCAUGACAGAGUGCUGGAGUCCCAGGCCUGGAAGAAAGUAGUUUUCGCUGGAGGAGUUGUCAUGGUGUUCUGCUCUUCCUUCCCCCCUGCUUGUGUGUACUAUCUGCUUUGGUCUGUCUCCUACAUUUUGUUCCCAACAUCCCUUUGGAGCAGUAAAGUGUAAAAAGGAUCCUGGCUUUGUCCAGAAUUCCCAGUAGGUUUACCUCUGGCCCAUGUGGGUGAAAUGAGGCUUCCACACUACUGCUGCUGCUGCUCCCUACUGCCAUGGAGGAUUCAAGCAGAACAUGCUCAUGCACCACAGGCGAACACUUGCUCUAUUUAACCUUUAUUUUUAUGUGACACCUCUAAGACAGAAGACUACAGGGAGUUAUAAUGAGGGAUGGGAAGGACAUGUUAAUGUUACCUGGUAAGGAUUAACCUUCAUGGUGUCUCAUGUCUUUGUUGCUAUUUCACUGAAGCCAGGGGUUGGGUGUCCUGUUCCAAAAACCGAAUUUUCAUCAGGUUUAUCUCCUGUGUAAUCUCCCUACUCCGGUAUUAAUCCAAUCUUUAGUCAUUGUCGUGAGCAUGUGGCAGCAGGGCACAUCAUCUUCUCACAGGACAAUAGAAAAAGAAAUUAUUUCAAAAUUAAAUAAUUGCAUAUAUUUCUAAUAUUCUUGGCUGUAAUUUGGUUUUGAAAAUGUUUAAUCUUGUAAUAGUAUGACACCAUAACCCCUUUUAUGAUGUCUUCUGCGUUUAACAGACUCUGACGAGUAACUGUUCGAGUGCUACAGCACGUAGCUAAGGCCUUUAAUGAUGUUUAAAUGUAUGUUUUCUAAAGGUCAGCCUGAAAGCAAACUGACCCCAACCCUGACUUGUGUAAAUUGUGUACUUGUUUUUCUUUUAUUUAGAUUUCCAGACAUUUAGCUUUUUGCCAAGUUGUGACUCUGUCCAAGAAAUGUGUUAGAUUUCAGUAUUUCUUCUAUGCGGGAUUUUAUUGGGGCAUUGCACAUGUUCGCCUCUGUUUUAAGAGGCAUUGAAGUUUAAAUAUUAAAUCCACACUGGAUCACCAUUACCUCUCAUAGUUCCUCUUUGACCACAGCCUAAUCAGAGAUGUCACUGCAGGUGUUUUUCCAUCACCUGUCAAAACACCUGCAGUGACAUUACUGAUUAGGUGGAAUCAGAAAUGCAACCGGACUAGAAGCUGCAAUCCGCUAAUCGCACUGCAGCACCAGUUUUCUGCUUUAUGUGAUUCAGUGUGAAUUUACACUUAAAGAGCAACAACACAACACAGGCUCCUGCCUUUAAUGGGUAAAAAUUUCAUUUCACCUUGCUGCAUGUUUUGUUUCCACUUUUAAGAUGCUGUCACACUGCACUACAGUCAGUGUUGGCUGUGAUCAGGAGUGCAGUGCAGCAGCACUGAAACUUUGAAUCCACAGAGAUCAGGGAAGGAAGGAGUAAAUGUGUUGUUACUCUUUAACUCUGGCCAGUAUUGAGUCUGAGGGACAUCAUAUUUUUGUAGAUUAGUCCUUUUUAGCAAGGACAACUUUUUGGCAUCACUCAUCGUGUCUCACAAUGGGUUUUUGUGCCUCUCUUGCAUUGUGUGCGACAAAUGGGGAGAUGUAAUAGUUUUAUAUGGAUUUGUUCAGAAGCCUGAUGAAGAUAAUAGCACAGAGUAACAGGUAAACGUAUCUGUUCUCAGCCCAAAAGCCACCGACGCCCCAUAUUAAAAAUUUUGAUUCACUCCAUACCCUCUCAUAACGUUCAUCAUUAGCUUUUAAUCAGAGGUGUCUGAAUAUUGAGUGUGCCAUCACUCACACUUUGAGUUCAGCGAUUUUAAUGAUUUGAACCUUGUAUAAGCCAUAACUCAUAGUGUUAAAAUUUUAUGAGUUAUCCAAAUGAGUCUCCUCAACAGUUUUCUGAGGGAGAACUCAGUAGGCGGACAGUAGACCUCUGUCUACCUCAGUAGACAGAGGUCAUAAAUCAAGACCUCUGUCUCAAAAAUGUUAAUACAAAAGGUCAUGUCCUCUGAUUCAGAUGCUCAUUUAAAACUACCAUGGUUCUUGACAUGGUUUAUGACAACCGAUGAUGUGAAAAAAAUCUACAGUGUAAAGUGCUACACAGAUUGAACACAAACCUGCUCUAGUACAUUCAGUAGUGCAUUCAGCUUUCCUGUGUGGGUGUUUUGGUU